CCUGAUCCGUACAACACCAUUAUUGUAGAAAAUAAAAAAUACAACUAGUACAUGUGUUUCACCUGUAAUAAGUCUUCUCUAUAUAUCCUGCAAUAAUGAUGACUCCAAUACUCUUUCAACUGUGGACUCCCCUUAUCUAACAAAAAAUCUACUCCUAUUGUUAUCAAGAAAACUAGUGGAGGAAAAUGCAGUUGCUUUCUUCUUAAAUCUUAAUAGCAUUAUAGCCUCAACCACACCUCAUCUCAGUACUUCACCAAACUUCUCCAUCAAAAGAAACUAUCUACAUUUAGUUAGAUAAAAUGGAGACAGAACCAACAUGGCAUGAACUGUUAGGAAGCAACAACUGGGAAGGUCUUCUUGAACCAUUAAAUCUCAAUCUACGACAGCUAAUUCUCCGUUGCGGCGACUUCUGUCAAGCCACUUAUGAUGCUUUCAACAAUGACCAAAAUUCCAAGUAUUGUGGCACCAGCCGUUAUGGCAAGAAUACAUUCUUCCAAAAAGUUAUGUUAGAAUCUGCUUCCAAUUACAAAAUCUCCGGCUUCCUCUAUGCCACUGCCCGUAUUGGCGCCCUCAAAGCCAUUUUCCUCCACUCUCUGUCUCGCGAAGCUUGGGACAGAGAAUCCAAUUGGAUUGGUUAUAUAGCUGUUACAACUGAUGAAGUCAGCCAAGAACUAGGCCGUAGGGAAAUUUAUGUUGUUUUUCGUGGCACAACAAGGAAUUACGAAUGGAUCAAUGUCUUAGGUGCCCGGCCUGAAUCUGCUGACUCUUUGCUUCGUCCCAAGUCUCUGCAAAAAAUUGGAGUAAAUGGUGAUAACAGCAAAAGCAGCAAUGGUGAUGAUGGGGUAAAUGGUGAUAACAGCAAAAGUAGCAAAGAUGAUGAUGAGAACGAGCCCAAAGUCGAGGAUGGCUGGUUCAAGAUUUUCGCUUCCAGUCUCUGCAAACCUUUGCUUCGUCCCAAGUCCCAGCAAAAAAGUGGAGUAAACGGCGAUAACAGCAAAAGCAGCAGUGAUGAUGACGAGAACGAGCCGAAAGUAAUGGAUGGCUGGCUCAAGAUUUACCUUUCCAGCAACCCAAAUUCGCCCUUCAUGAAACUAAGUGCAAGAGAACAGCUGCAGGCAAAAAUUGAAGAAUUAAGGCAGCAGUAUAAAGAUGAGAAUCUUAGCAUAACAUUUACAGGCCAUAGUCUUGGUGCUAGUUUAGCUACUUUAGCAGCAUUUGAUGUGGUUGAAAAUGGGGUUACCGAUAUUCCAGUAUCCGCUAUUGUCUUUGGGAGUCCUCAAGUUGGGAACAAGGCUUUUAACGAAAAGGUCAAGGAAUAUUCAAAUUUGAAAAUCUUACAUGUUAAGAACAAGAUUGAUCUCAUUCCCCUUUAUCCAAGUGCUCUAUUGGGGUAUGCGGAUACAGGUACAGAACUAAUCAUCGAUAGCAGAAAAUCUCCAAGCUUAAAGGACUCAAGAGAUACGGGCGACUGGCACAAUUUGCAGGGUAUGUUACAUGUUGUGGCUGGUUGGAAUGGGGAAGAUAAAGAGUUUGAAUUACAAUUGAAGAGGAGUGUAGCUUUGGUUAAUAAGUCAUCAUCUUUCUUGAAAGAUGAGUACUUGAUUCCAGGGUCAUGGUGGGUUGAGAAGAACAGGAGUAUGGUUCUUGAUGAAAAUGGGGAGUGGAUUUUGGCACCACCUUCAGAUGAGGAUCUUCCAGUCCCUGAGUAUUGACUUGUUUUCAGAAUUUUCAGAAAUGAGUAGUUUGUUCAGUUUGCAAUUUUCUACUUGAUAUUGUUAAUCUUGCUUUGGACUUGUAAAUGCUAAUGCGUCCAAUGUCUAUCUUGCAAACGAUGUGUAUAUUAUCACCGA